GGUGCUACACCGCAGAAGAAAACGAUUGCAUUGCACCGGAAUGGACAUGGCUGAGAAGCCGACUGCAGAGGAAAACCAGAUCACGGCGGCCCUGCGCUGCGUCGGCUUGGCGUGCGGAAUUGUCAUCGGCCUCGGAGUGUAUGGCGUGCUGCAGGAGCGGAUCAUGUCGGAGCCAUAUGGAGAGGAAGUCUUCAAGACUUCCGUCUUCCUGGUCUUUUGCAACCGUACUGCAGCCAUUGUGUUCGCCGUCAUCAUGGUGGCAGCGAAGGGUGAGAGCUACAAAGCGACCGUGCCCUUGUGGAAGUACCUUGCCGUGUCUCUGUCCAAUGUGGCGGCCACCUGGUGCCAGUAUGAGGCACUGAAAUAUGUCAGCUUUCCUGUGCAGAUGUUGGGAAAAAGCUUCAAGAUGAUGCCCGUCAUGCUCUGGGGCAUCGCGAUUUCAGGGCAGAAGUACAAGCUCAUGGAUUGGGGCAUCGCUGCAGGCGUCACAGGUGGGGUGACUGCCUUCCUCCUCACAGGCGACAUCAAAUCCAAGCACGCGGACAAAGGCAGUAGCGUCUACGGUCUGCUGCUACUUCUCUGCUUUCUUGCUUGUGACGGCUUCACCUCCACCUUUCAGGAGAAGCUCUUCAAGGAGCACAAGACCUCCAAAUACAACCAAAUGCUUUAUGUGAACAGCAGCUCCUGUGUUGUUUCCUUAGCGACGCUGCUGGCGAGCGGCGGAGCCACCACGGCCCUGGGCUUCAUUGGCAGGCACCCGACCUUCCUGAUGGACGCCUCCUUGCUCUCUGCCUCAGCAGUCACCGGACAGUUCUUCAUCUACUCCUUGGUGAAGGAGUUCGGCGCUCUGGUGCUGGCGGCGACGAUGAACAUGCGCCAGGUGCUGUCCAUCCUGACCUCCUAUGUCCUGUAUGCCCACCCUAUCAGCAUCUUGCAGAUCUUGGCGCUGUGCUUGGUCUUUGCGUCGCUCUUCUACAAGAGCUAUCUCAGCUACCUCAAAGGCAAGGAGCCGAAAAGCGCAGGCCCGAAGGACGUGGCGCCACAGAAGGUCGGAGGAGAUCCCGAGGAGGUUCAGCAGCUCAAGGCACCCGAAAUCGAGCUGGGGGAGCCUCGGAAAUGAUGGACUCGCGUGCCAUGGUCAAAGGACCGAAAUGAGCCAGGGAGAUUGAAGGAUUAGAGUCCUCCCAACUGGCCAUGGGUCAAAACCCCGUACCCCC